UUAUUGUAUUCCCUUUUUAUUUACCAUUUACACGACGUGACAACUUCACAGCUUUUGCGGGUUUUGUAGAUGAGAUUUGCUGCGUUUUUAAAAACAGGCAGAUCUUGAGCGGAUAGAUCUGCACGUGUUGAGAGAGAUCGAGAUCGGUCCAUUCUUCAGGCUCCCAAAUGCUGUGACUUAGUCUUGGACGAUCACCGCAUUAACGCCGUCUGCUAUAAUCAGUCUGAUCUGAUACAGUGGUGUGGUGUCCCCAUGCAUGCUUUCACACUUUCUACAGCUGGCAUUCUUACCAACGUUUUGUUUGGAGGGUUUGCCCUAUAAAGAAAGGUUGUGCGAUACAGCAGCGCCGAGACCUGAGAGGAUCCGGCGAUAUUUGCAUCAACUGGUGUGUGUGUGUGAUAGAGAGGUACACCAACAGGGACAAUGUGGAAUUGUCCAAAAUGUCCGGGGGUGCGACGAGGCCUCUCCAUGUUCACGGGCAUGGUGGAGUGUUUGUGUUUUGCAGGGAUCCUCUUUGGCUGGGCCUCGCUUGAUUUUAUCUUGAAGAAGCAGGGCUUCUUCGGCUCCUUUUGUGUCAACGCCACGGGAAUAAACGGCUCGCAGGUCCUAGACUGCCGGGGACAGGAUGAGCAGUUCUCGCUGGUCUUCACCAUCGCGUCCUUCAUGAACUAUUUUGUCACCCUCCUCAACGGUUUCAUCUUCGAUCGCUUUGGGACAACGGUGGCUCGAGUUUACGCAAUAUGCCUUCACCUCAUGGGCACCUUGAUGGUUGCCUUCUCUACUCCAGCUCGAGCCGCUCUGCUUUUUCCGGCUCUUUCCUUCAUCGCUGUGGGUGGCAGUAUGUUGCUCCUCACCAACUUCCAGGUGGCAAAUCUGUUCCCCAACAAUCGGUCCACCGUCAUCACUCUUCUCAACGGGGCUUUCGGCUCUUCCGCAGUGGUCUUCCUCAUCGUUAAGUUGGUAUUUGAGGCUGGAAUAUCUCAUCGAGCCAGUUUCCUGUUCCUGUCAGCCUGCAGCAUCAUACACGUGCUGAGGACUGUCUUCCUGUUACCCAGACACAUCAUUCCAUACCCUCUUCCAGAUCACUACACAUUUGGGUUGACCUGUGGAAAAUCAAAGAAGUCAGAAGAGUCCGUGACUUUUGACCCUCAGACAACAGAUGAAGUGCAACAUGUAAACAAGGAACCAGCGACACCAGAAAAAACCUUCCGCGAGUGCGUUCUCUCCAGGUUCUUCCUUUUUUCUGUAAUUUGGUUGUCUGUGAUCCAACUGAGAAAUCUUCAGUUCAUUGGAACUCUCAACCCCACGCUGCAGAGGCUGACUAAUGGAGAUUCCUCACUCGUCAGCAAGUACACCAACGCCUUUGCGUUCACACAACUGUGUGCGGUGCUGUGUGGUCCCUGGAAUGGUCUUAUCCUGGACAGACACAAACGUAAACCCCGGGUGGAAGGGAUGAGUGACAAGGAAGCGGACUUGCGCUCCACGGUUCUGUCUCUCUUCCUGACGGCAUUGUUUUCCUUGGUUUUCUCCAUUUGUGCUACCAUCCCUGUACUACCUCUUCAGUACUUCACCUUCGUGAUGGCUGUGAUCAAUCGCGCCUUCCUGUAUGGCGGCCUGGCGGCUUUCGUCAGUGUGGCUUUCCCACCUUGUCACUUCGGCAAGUUGUACGGACUCGUACUGUGUCUGGGAGCAAUCUUCUCCUUACUGCAGUACGCCUGCUUUGCUUUGGUGGAGUCCGUCCUGGAAGGAGAUCCCUUAUAUGUGAACAUCGCUCUGACGCUGCUCAUCCUGUUCUCCUUCAUUCACCCCCUCUUUGUCUUUCUGCACUGUCGAAACCUUCAAUCCCAGCGAGUCAAAGAUCUUGAACAGCAAUAAAAGUUAACAUGUA